CACAGUCAGCUUCACGCAGCUCCACUAGUUCUCCGGACUAACUAACUAACCAACCCAUCAGCCGACCGAGUCUACACAAGGAGACAUGGGACUGCGGAGUCACCGAGAGGAGGAAACUCUUCUCAACGGCCAAACGCAGCAACUCUAACCGUCCUGAUAAAGGAAACCUUCAUCUUUUUUCCCCCUCCACCUGUUUUUUGAUACUUUUUUUCCACUACAGGACCGGAAGAGAGAGGGAGACGUUAAAUGACAUCCGUGUGUUUCUGAUACCUGAGGCAAAUUAAAGUGCCACACCUUCAUCUAAGACGACAGCACAACAACACAUCUGGCCAAAUGGGGUGCCAAUGCUGCCGGAUGGUAAAAAGCUACAUCUACGACCCAUCGACGGCGUCGGAUGUGCACAAAACCGACUCUGCAGGCAGCUCCCUCUACCAGGCGCAACACCACCGGGGCGGAGACCCACAGGGGGACCACAGCGAACAGAAGCAGGGCUUCCAUAACCUGGGCUACAGCAAGUCCAACGACAGCACGCUCAAGCUAGAGUUUGACAACAACCAGGUCAACCAAAGGCUGCACUCCGCGCCGUCACUCGCCAACGAGCUGCAACACCACGCAAGGGCACCCCCUACAGACGGGGGGCUUUACAUCAUCCAGCCAGAGGUCGUAGGGUCAGGAUGGAUGGACAUCGAUGCGAGCCAGGUGCCUAUUUACCCCAACAUACAGCAGUACGAGAGCCACCGGAGCUACGAAGCUACGACCAAAGGCUGGGACAGCGCCAUCACCACCUGCGACAUCGCAGGUAGGAGCUCGUCGUUUGACGAGAUCGACGAAGGCGUAGGAGGGACACCAGAGCACCUCUGGGACACUGGGGACGAGGGGAGCGUUUUGUCCGUGGACAUCCACACCAGCACCGCCAGUUUAUCUUCAGGCGGCACGAGGGACGACCUCACGCUGCCAAAGACGCCGGACAAUUCCACAGAGGAGAGCGGCAUCUCAGUGACCAAGAGCGAGGACGGAGAGGAGGAGGCGAAAGAACAGGCGGAGGUGCAGAGCGUCACAGACUCAAUGGUGGCGGAGGCUCUGGCCGCUUUGGAGGCCGCCACCGCUGGCGAGGACUCCGACUGAAUCCUGACAGCAACCUGACUAUCAGAACCGCCACGAACCUUUGCCAAAGUUCUGCAACAAUCAAACUCUUAUCUAUGAAUAUGCAACCAAUGAAGGAAAGCUCUGUUUGAAAGAAAAACAGAUUUAGUUUGAAGCUAUGGACAAUUUUCACUGUGACGAAAUAAAUAAACGCCUUAUGAAGGAAUCUUCAUUUUCAGAUCUGCAAAUAAAGAACACUGCCUGCAGCUGGAUCAUGGUGCACUUAACACUCCGCGCUCCUAAUACCCUGUAGGCGCUCAGACAGGACUAUGACUUCUACAAGAUUUACGUUUAAUAUAUGGUUUUAUUUAGGAGAGUCAACCUUUCUUUAGUGAACACAGUACCUCCUUUCAAGGAAUCCCUCCAUUUUAAAGUGCCAUGAAAACUACAACCUCAGCGUAUUUUAUUGAUAUCUCAUGUGACCAACUGAGACCCAAAAAAAGUUCAGAGUUUUAAUGGGGGGAAAAAAAUACUUUUUUUGUUUGUUUCAGGGCUGAAACAAUUCAUCAAAUUAAUUUAUUUUUGAAAUAAUUGUCAACAAAUUUAGUAAUCAAUUACUGUAGAACAUGCCUUUAGCCUACAGAGCGAUCCACUUAGUGCACUAAUUAUAUCAAUAUUGUAAUAUAUAUAUAUAUAAACAUUUUGCAUUUCAGGUAAAAAAUGUUUUCUUCUCUCAAUAAGUUCUAUCAAGAACUCCUCAAGUGGAAACAUUAGUUUCACCUGGUUUGAUUUCAUAAAAAUCUUCUUUAAGCAACCUUUUCGAUUAUUAAUCGAUUAAUUAAGAAAAUUAAUAAUCAAUUUGUUAAAUUAUCAUUAGUUGCAUCCCUAGUUUUUUUUGGUUUUUUACAAAUAAAUAUCUGAAAAGUGUGAAAAUUUGUUUGAGGACCUUAAAUUAACACUUUGUUAAGCCCCAUUCAAUUAGUGGAUUAGGAAAGACCGUGAACUUUGACUAGGCCAUUAUUACACAUCAUUUAUUUAAUACCACUCUAUUCUGUUUUUAUUUUUUAGGGGUUUCAUUUGACCAAAGCACUUUGAUAUAUAUGUACACAUAGAAAGGAAAUGGAUCCUCAGGAGUUUAUUUAGGGGUUUGAGAGUAAAGAGGGUGAAUUUAACUGUAAGCCACACUUUAUUUAUAUAUAAUAUGCAAAUGGUUUUAACAGAAAAAGGUUCAGUUUUCCUUCUUCACUGUCAUACUAUGGUGGUCUAACAUAAAAUGUCAAUAAAAUACAUAUCAGAUUGUGAUUAUAAUGUGUUAAAAAGGAACAAGUUUCAACGGUAAGGCAUCCUUUUGUCAGGGUCUGCAACUAAGAAAGAAGGAAAGGUCAUGAUAUUCCUUUUUAUGGAUGAUUGAUGUCUAACUGUAUUGUGUCAUGUUGUAUCUCAUGUAGGAACUGGAGGUUUUUAAACACCCACAGAAGAUCAUAGGCAUUCAGAGUUAGUCCCUAUUAAUAGCUUUUAUGUUCGCACUAAUUACAGAAUAUCACAAGGAAUAUAUAACCAAUCUAAAUCUUUGAAUAGAAAGCACCUUUCAUGCACAUAAUUAAUUUUCCUUUUUGUAAUUCUGAGAAAUUUGUCUCCUUUUUGUCUUUUUUUUUUCAUUUUCCAGCCAAGGUUAACAAGCCAAGCAAAGGUCAAUUAGUAUCUGUGCACACUUAACUACAUAAAUGCCAUAAAUUAAACCUAUUGGCUUCUGGGUUUUUUGUUUUUUUUCUGGUUUUAAAGGUCAAGUUUUGAAUUUGUAGUCUGGCCUGUGAAAUCCGUCCAGCUCAUGUACCUAGAAAUGGGCUAAUAUAAAGCUGAAGUAAUCCAGCCGUAACAAAAUGGUUUGCUCAGUCAAGUUCAAUGAAUUGUUUUACGGAGAAUAUUGUUUGAAUCGUUUGCCUGACAAAUCCAUCCAUUUUCCAUCACACUUAUCCCAAGUUGAGGGGUGCUGGCGCCUGUCUGAAGCGGUCUAUGGUCGAGAGGCGGGGUACGCCCUGGACAGGUCGCCAGUCGCCUGCCAAAUCAUUUCCUCCUUGUUUCAUUUGUACCGUUAAAUAAAUUCCAGAGUAAUAAAGCCUGUGUGAAAUAGUUUUUUUCU